UUUCUUGAUUAUUCAAUGGGAACUCUACUCAGGGCAUGGCAUCUGUCACAUGGCAGCUGGUGUAGCGUUUUAAAUGACAUGUAAAAGCUACUGCAUACUCUGGCUGAAAGAUACCUCUUAGUGGGUGGUUUUCGGCUGUCUCCUUGAAGGAGUAUUUGUUUAGUGUGUGUGAAUAAAUCUCCCUGAAAGUACUGUAGGUUGCUACGCCGGCUGAUGGAAACCGAUGAUUAGGGAUGAGCAACGCGGAAGCUCAAAGAGGAAGUCCAGCUAAAAACUUGACUAAGCUUGCUAGCUAGCAGUGCAGCUGUAAGCUUUUAUGUUCAGGGUGUAGCAAACAUAAAACUUGAUGACAGCAGGGUUCAGAGAAGCCGUAUGAGAUAAAUACACAAAAUGGAGGACUCCAACAGCAGCAAGCCGUUCAUGGUGACAUCCUCUCUGAACUUCAAAGUCACCACCCCGUCCUUCUACAAUCAGCCAAAGAAGUUUGCCUCGGUGGCACCGCCUCGGCCCAAAAGCCAGACACCUCCCUCAGCUCCAUCACCAACGCCAAUAGGCACGGGUGUGAUUGGUCGAGUGGGAGAUCUGCCUCUGCCACCAUCUUUACUCUGUGAUGACUUCCCACCCCCUCCUCCUCCUCCACUGGAUGAUGAUUUGCCAGCACCUCCCCCUGAAUGCCAUACCACAUCCACUGCCUCUGAUGCCCCCCCUCCCGCCUUCCCUGCUCCACCUCCAGUUGCAGAUGACCUGCCCCUCCCAGCUCCCCCUGAGGAGAGUACCUGUCCGCCCACCUGCUCCUCCCCCCCUCCUCCCCCACCCCCUCCACCUCUCCCUGCCUCCGGUACCAGUAUUCCCAGUGCUGCUGGGAACCCACCGAGAAUGAUGCAGAAGCAGACUAGCUUCGAUCAACAGCUUGACUCUCUGACUGACUUGCUGUCUGAGAUGGAGACCAGGGGACCAUUUAAUCCUAAGUUACCAAGCCAGUAUUCUUCAGCACCAGCACCCAAGCCUUCAGCUCCUCCCCCGACUGCUCCCAAACCAGCCCUCUCCUUCCUCCCACCUCCCGAGAUGGGAGACCGCCCACCUCCAGCGCCUUGGGCCGAAGAACUCAAAGCCAGAACAAACCGUCAAGCCAAUCACAACUCUGCACCAAACUCUGCUGCUCAGCCGUUUGCUAAGGCCCCAGCUGUGGCACCCAAGUCUGGUUUUGGAGGGAGAAUGGCAACUUCAUCUGCCUCUCUGGCACAAAAACUGAACCAGAAUCUGAACCAGACCCCCAUACAAGUCAGUGGAUCACCAAAACCGUCACCUCCCCCUGCCACCAGCUCUUUCCCUCCACCUCCUGCAGCUCCCCCUGCACCUCCUACUCCGCCAAACAGCAUGGCCGCUGCCCCAGCCUCUAAUCACAUAAAGAGUUCUCCCUUUUCCAGUCAAGUGAAUGCAAACCAAAACCCUCCUGCAGCUGUUACUCCUCCUCAACCCAAGACGAUGGCAUCUCCACCAUCCUCCUUUAACCAACCAAUGAAAACUCCUCCUGCAUCAGCGCCCUCACCUCCGGGCCCAGUUCCCGUCCCAGGUGGAGGCAUUCCUCUGAACAUGAGGGAAGUGGAGGAACUGGAGAGAAUGACCAAGGACUUCAUUAAAGACAUGGACACACACGCACCUGUCAUCACCUCCCCUCCUACAGAGGUUUGUGGGAAGUGUGGCGAGGCGCUGUCCCGUACUCAACCAGCAGUGAGAGCCAUGGAUAAACUCUUCCACUCCAAUUGCUUCUGUUGCAUGAGCUGUCAUCGCCCCCUGCAGGGCAUGCAGUUCUACGACAGGGAUGGCUCACCUCAGUGUGAGGACUGCUACGUGAGUUCCCUGGCAGUGUGUUCCCGAUGUGGGGAGAGGAUCACAGACCGUGUGCUGAAGGCUGUGGGCCAGUGUUUCCACGCCCACUGUUUCCGCUGCAGCACCUGCUCCUGCGUACUUGAGGGGGCGCCCUUCAUCACCGAUGACAACAACAACCCGUACUGUGUCCAGGAUUACCACAGGCGUUUCUCCCCUCUGUGUGUGAGCUGUAAUGAGCCCAUUGUUCCAGCCCCAGGCAGCGAGGAGACAGUCAGAGUGGUGGCUCUUGACAAGAACUUCCACCUCAAGUGUUACCGUUGUGAGGACUGUGCUCGCCCCCUCUCCAUAGAGGCGGAUGAAAAUGGCUGCUAUCCAUUGGAUGGUAGGAUCCUGUGUAUGAAGUGCCACACCCAGCGAGCCAAGCGAGCUGCGCAGUGAUUGGCUGAAGCAGCAUCACUCUGUUUAACUAUGAACCAAAUCCAAAAGCACAGGAUUCACUCGGCUACCGUUUUGCCUUUGCAACAGGGCUUUAGUCAGUAUAUGUGCGCAGGUGUGAAUGUGAAUGUGCUGAGUGAAAAUGUUUGCAUGCAGAUACAGUGUAGUAGUUCCUUGUCUGUGUUAACUUCACUUCAGUGCAGAAGUAAUGUACUGCAUUGAAAUAGACUCCCAUCAUCUUUUAUUCCCAGUGUCUAACUCUCCAAUCUCCCAUCUAGCCUUCUUUGUGAGCUAGAGCAUAUUUUUUUGUGCCAUUUCUACGUUUACUCUAAAAUUUACAGCAUAACUUGCACAAGAACAGUUUGGUCAAAAGAACAGUCUGGUGAAUAUAAAGUUGCCUUUCUUUGUCUCUCGCCUCAGUAUUGUUAGUAGUGCCAUGGACUGAGACAUUUCUGUCUUAAACUUUCACUAGCUGGUCUCUUUCCCUGUGAAUCUGUCUAGCACAUCUGUGUGUGACACAGAUUUUUAGCAUAGGGUGAGUAUGAAGAACCUCCCAUUUGACCAUUCCACAGAUUUCACUCUGGUUGGCUGUUGAUAGAGCAAAUCUUUAACAUUUUGGCAGUUGCUGUGCCUGCAAGCUUGUUUGAUGAUGCUUCCCUGCCUAGAUAGUGCUUUAUAUCUGCCAAUCUACUCUGAUAGCAUUUUAAAGUCAUCUAGUGCUAAACAUUGACUGCAAAAAAAAAAAAAA